AUGCAGCAUAUUAUAAGAAUUUUAACCUUGAUAAUCUACAUUUAUUUACCAUUAUUUUCUCGAAGUGAAUGUAAUGAAUGUGAUGCAACACUCGUUAUCAAAAUAAACGAAAGAGGAAUUGAAUGUUGUCAACAAUGUUGUAAUCAAUGGCCUAGCGUUAGUCCUAUGUAUAUUUUUGAGAUACCAGAGAAAUUCAUUUCAGAUGAUGAAUCAAAAUUGCUAAAUGAAUCAAAUGAAUUUAAAAUUCUUGAAAGCCUUUGGAAGGAAUUUAGAGAAACCAACAAAAAUAUGAUGAUUUUUGCAUUUAACAUCAAUUUGUAUUUAGAAAAGAGUCUUAAAAACUUGCAAACAUUAGAUCAUCCAUUUGUCAAUGAAUGGGAAUGUAAUCUGGAAGAUACUUUUCAAAGUGAUAUUGAUAAUUUAAUUGAGCAAAUUAUAGAAUUUUCGCACAAAGCUUGGGAAAUUUGUGCCAAAAUUUCCGAGCAAUUUGAAUAUUUUAUGAAAUCCAAACAAAUACUUACAAAAAUUAAAGAAAAAAUUUCUAGAAUUCAAAGAGGAUUUCAAAGUAUAAAUACUACACAUGAUAGUAUAAAGGAAGCUAGUGAUGAGUUCAAGAAUCCAAAAAUAAAAGAAAGAAGAAAAGUAGAAUUAUUUAAUAAGUUAAAAGAAUUAAAGAAGGAAGGUGAUAAAAUUUUGAAAGUGAAUUGGUUAAUAAUUAAAUUGGAAUAUGUAGAAGAGAAGUUGAACAUCAAUUCUAAUCAUUUUGAAAAAGCAUUAGAUUUUUGGAAGAAACUUUCUUACGAAUUUCAAGAAAAUGAAAACUUCACAGUGGAAAACAUAAAAGACGGGGAAUUAUGUGUUAAAGAAUGUGCUUUAAAUUAUAUUAAAGAGAAGCAAAAACAAAUUAUGCUUAUG